AUGUUCUCCCGAUUCUGCUCAAGAUCCUUAACUUCUCGUGUACCCUUUUUCAUUCGCGCAGUGGCCACUACUCCAGAAGGCAUCAUUGACAAGGACGUGUUAGAGCGUGCCAUCAACAAGAAGCCGAACAAGCAUUACCACAUCCUGAGUACUCGGUAUCAUUCAAGUAACCGAGAAUACCUCCAGAUUUUAGAGCAGUGUUGGGGUGAGCAACCUAAACGCCAAGCUGUUGGUAUCAGUGAUAGAAUCGCGAAGGGAAUUGUUGACAUGCUUUUCUUCUGUGGUAACCUGUACUUCCGUGACAACUAUAUCCGAAGAGCCAUCUUCCUGGAGAGCGUGGCGUCCGUUCCGGGUUUGGUUUGCAGCAGCCUCCACCAUUUGCGCUGUUUGAGACGCCUUCAGCCAAACGAAUGGAUAAAACCGCUCGUGGACGAAGCUGAAAACGAGCGAAUGCACUUGCUUGCAGUUCGCACGUACACCAAUCUGACGAUAGUUCAAAAGCUAUUCAUCCGCAUUCUUCAGGUGAGCUUUGUCUCCCUGUUUUCAUUCAUGUUUGUAUUCACUCCUCGCACGUCCCAUCGACUCGUGGGGUUCCUUGAGGAGCACGCCGUGGACUCCUACACGGAAAUGAUCAAGCGUAUCGACACUGGAAAACUCAAAAACGAACGUGCGACGCAGAUUACCAAGGAUUACUGGGGUCUGCCCGAGGACGCGACGCUCCGCGAUGCCUUGCUGGUGAUUCGAGCGGACGAAGCGGACCAUCGUCUCGUGAACCACACGCUGGGUGAUGAGUAUGACAAGAAGGUGGCGCCCAAUGGAAAGUGGUAUGCUGGCUUGCACUUCCCGAUCGAUCUGCACUCUUCGUUCGGUCCCUACAUGGACUUUUCGAAGUACAAGAAGCAGGAGUAACGGUGAAUAACGAAACGAUGUACACUCAU